AGCGCUGUGAGGCAGUUUCGGUUUCCAGGCACUGGCCCUGGCCGCUUGUCCCUAGGGUGCCUCCUAGCCUAGGAAAGUCCCCUCUGCGCUCAAAUCCGCGGCGACUUUGGGGGAGCCAGGGCGCUCAUCGCUCGCGGGGAGCCACAGAAUGACAGCUGAACAGCGGCAGAAUCUGCAAGCAUUCAGAGACUAUGUCAGGAAGACUCUGGACCCCACCUACAUCCUCAGCUACAUGGGUCCCUGGCUCCAGGAUGAGGAGGUCCAGUUCAUCCAGGCUGAGAAAAACAACAAGGGCCCCAUGGAAGCUGCCUCCCUGUUCCUCCAGUACCUGCUGCAGCUGCAGACGGAAGGCUGGUUCCGGGCCUUUUUGGAUGCCCUGUACAAUGCAGGUUACUGUGGACUUUAUGAAGCCAUCGAAAGUUGGGAUUUCCAAAAACUUGAAAAGUUAGAGGAACACAGAUUACUUUUACAGCGUUUACAGCCAGAAUUUAAGACCAGAAUCAACCCAACAGAUAUCCUUCCUGAAUUGUCUGAAUGCUUGAUUAAUCAGGAAUGUGAGGAAAUCAGACAGAUCUGUUUCACCAAAGGGAUGAUGGCAGGUGCGGAGAAGAUGGUUGAAUGUCUUCUCAGAUCGGAUAAGGAGAACUGGCCCAAGGUUUUGAAAUUUGCUUUGGAGAAAGAAAACAACACGUUCAGUGAACUGUGGAUUGUUGAAGGUUUCAAAAGGGUCGAAAGUAAAGCUGUUGAAGAUGAUGAAAUGGAGAUGUCCAGCAUACAGAUUUUCAUACAAGAGGAGCCAGAAUGCCAGGUUCUCAGUCAGAAUCCCUGCGCUCCUUCAGAGGCAUCGUCUAAUAAUUUUAAUGGCCCGUUGAAACCCAGAAGUUACCAACUGGAGCUUGCUCUGCCUGCUGAGAAAGGGAAAAAUACAAUAAUAUGUGCUCCUACUGGUUGUGGGAAAACCUUUGUGUCGCUUCUUAUAUGUGAGCAUCAUCUGAAAACAUUGCCACAUGGACGAAAAGGGAAAGUCGUCUUUUUUGCUAAUCAAAUUCCUGUGUAUGAACAACAGGCAACUGUGUUCUCACGCUAUUUUGAAAGACUUGGGUACAGCGUAGCGGGUGUUUCUGGGGCAACAACUGAUAAUGUCUCCGUGCAGGACAUUAUUGAGAACAAAGACAUCAUCAUCCUCACGCCCCAGAUUCUUGUGAACAGUCUCAACGAUGGAACCAUCCCCUCGCUGUCUGUCUUCACCCUGAUGAUCUUCGACGAAUGCCAUAACACCAGUAAACACCACCCGUACAAUCAGAUCAUGUUCCGAUACCUAGAUCACAAACUCGGAGGGUCGCCAGGCCCACUGCCUCAGGUCAUCGGACUGACUGCCUCAGUGGGUGUUGGAGACGCCAAAACUGUAGAGGAAGCCAUGCUGCAUAUCUGCAAACUCUGCGCCGCCCUUGACACGUCUGUGAUCGCCACGGUCAGAGACAACGUGGAGGAACUGGAGCAGGUUGUUUAUAAACCCCAGAAAUUCUUCAGGAAGGUGGAAUCGCGGACUACCAACACAUUUAAAUCCAUCAUAUCUCAGCUGAUGAAGAAGACAGAGGAACUGGCAAAGAAUGUCUCUGAGGAACUCGGAAAAUUAUUUCAGAUUCAAAACAGAGAAUUUGGCACGCAGAGAUACGAACAGUGGAUCGUUGCAGUUCACAAAGCAUGCAUGGUGUUUCAGAUGCCGGACAAAGAGAAGGAGAGCAGCAUUUGCAGGGCGCUCUUUCUGUACACGUCCCAUUUGCGGAAAUACAACGAUGCUCUCAUCAUCAGUGAGGAUGCCCAGAUGAAAGAUGCUCUUAAUUACCUCAAAGCCUUCUUCCGCGAUGUCAAAGAAGCAGCAUUUGAUGAGACUGAGCAAGAUCUUACACGGAGGUUUGAAGAAAAGCUGGAGGAACUAGAGAAAGUUUCCAUGGAUCCCAGCAACGAGAAUCCCAAACUCAGAGACCUCUACCUGAUCUUACAAGAAGAGUACCACCUAAAGCCGGAGACCAAAACCAUUCUUUUUGUGAAAACCAGAGCACUUGUGGAUGCUUUAAAGAAAUGGAUUGAAGAAAAUCCUGCACUCGGCUUUCUAAAGCCUGGCAUAUUGACUGGACGUGGCAAAACAAACCAGACAACAGGAAUGACACUCCCAGCACAGAAGUGUGCGCUGGAAGCGUUCAGAGCCAGCGGAGAUAACAACAUCCUGAUUGCUACCUCGGUCGCUGACGAAGGCAUUGACAUCGCUCAGUGCAACCUGGUCAUCCUGUACGAGUAUGUGGGCAAUGUCAUCAAAAUGAUCCAAACCAGAGGCAGGGGAAGAGCAAGAGACAGCAAGUGCUUCCUCCUGACCAGCAAUGCUGACGUCAUUGAGAAAGAAAAGGUGAACAUGUUCAAGGAAAAAAUAAUGAAUGAAUCCAUUUCAAUGCUUCAGACAUGGGAUGAAAUGAAAUUUGAGAAAACGGUUCAACGCAUACAGUCGGAUGAAAAAUUCAUCAGAGAUCGUCAACGCAAGCCACAACCGGCCCCUGAUAAGGAAAAUAAGAAACUCCUGUGUGGGAAAUGCAAGGCCUUUGCGUGCUACACGGCUGACAUCCGAGUGGUGGAGAAAUCCCACUACACUGUGCUUGGAAAUGCUUUUAAGGAGCGCUUUGUGUCUAAGCCGCACCCUAAACCAAAGAUCUAUGACAGUUUCGAGAAGAAAGCAAAAAUAUUCUGUGCCAUACAGAAGUGCUGCCACGACUGGGGGAUCCAUGUGAAAUAUAAGACGUUCGAGAUUCCAGUCAUAAAAAUUGAAAGUUUUGUGGUGGAAGAUAUCGCAAGUGGAGUUCAGAGGCGGCAUGCAAAGUGGAAGGACUUUCAUUUUGAAAGGAUACAAUUUGAUCCUGCAGAAAUGCCCAAAUGAAAAGCCGGUCAGUGGUGGCGCACGCCUUUAAUCCCAGCACUCGGGAGGCAGAGGCAGGCGGAUCUCUGUGAGUUCAAGGCCAGCCUGGUCUACAAGAGCUAGUUCCAGGACAGACACCAAAGCUACA